UUGUUAAUUUGAUUGCAUUUUUUACCUAUUUGUUAUCUUUUCAAUGCUGCGUGGUGACAUUCACGGUGUCAGCGAUAAAGUGAAGUGUUGUUUCGUGCUUGAAGUGCUGUUUGAAGCAUGAAACGUCGAAUUUCUCGAUCAGAUUUAUUAACUGCGAAGAUUGAAAAGCCAGCAUCAUCAUCGGUGCUUUGUGAGUGUGUGAGAAAGAAAGCUGCGCGAGUGUGCGCUGGAUUCGAUUUCGAAGUUUGAUUUCGCAUCUCCUGUACAUCCGCGGGAGCAAACAUUUUUACGGCAUAUACACAGGCACCGUGGGCUUUUGUGGCUGUAUAGUGACUCCGUGAUCUCUCGCGACCACAGCCAUCGAGGAUCGCGGCAUCGGAGCGGUACCCCUCAGAACAGGAGGGCCCAUAUUCAGUUGCAGUGUUUAUGGUUUGAUUCUUGAAAUAUCUACCGGUAAGAGUGAAAGUUUCAAUUUUAAUUAAACGAAGGCCAUCGAAGAAAAAAACGGAAGUGUGCAGUCGAUUACUCUGUUCGUUGAGUGUCGUGCGUGAGUGCGCGGCAGUGUUUAGGUGAGUGAUAGAGGAAGAAAAAAAAACGGAGCGUGCAAUUGAAGCGGAAGUUCCUGUGCUAGAAAAAGUCACGAAGAAAAGUUUGGUGUGUGAUAAAGUGUGUUUGUUUUUUAUUUUCACCGUCGGAGUCGUGUUUCCUCAACAGCUACAACUCUGGAUUACGGAUACGUCGACGAUUUUAAAGGUUCACAGUAUGAGCCCGGUGGGUAUGCGACCCAGGUACAGCAACGCUCCAACAUGACGCAACGCGAGGGCAUCUACAAGUUCGAGAAUGAGCGGAUCAAGACGCUGCAAGAGGAACGGCUGCACAUCCAGAAGAAAACGUUCACGAAAUGGAUGAACUCGUUCCUAGUCAAGGCCAAAAUGGAGGUCGACGACCUGUUCACCGAUCUGGCCGAUGGAAUCAAACUGCUGAAGCUGCUCGAGAUCAUUUCGGGGGAAAAGCUCGGCAAACCCAACAACGGCCGGAUGCGCGUCCACAAGAUCGAGAACGUGAACAAGAGUUUGGCUUUCCUGCACACAAAGGUUCGUCUCGAGUCCAUCGGAGCGGAAGAUAUUGUCGAUCACAACCCCCGGCUCAUCCUCGGGCUCAUCUGGACGAUCAUCCUGCGGUUUCAGAUUCAGGAAAUCGAAAUCGAUGUGGACGAAGAGAACGAAUCGUCGGAGAAGAAAUCCGCCAAAGACGCCCUGCUGCUGUGGUGCCAACGUAAAACCCAGGGCUAUCAGAACGUACACAUCACCGACUUCACCAACUCGUGGCGAUCCGGAUUGGGUUUCAAUGCGCUCAUCCACUCGCACCGGCCGGAUCUGUUUGACUACAACAGUCUGCAGCCGGGGCGGAAUAUCGAGAACCUCAACCAUGCCUUCGAGGUGGCCGACCGUGAGCUCGGGAUUCCCCGGCUGUUGGAUGCGGAAGAUAUCGACACAACACGGCCGGAUGAGAAAUCGAUCUUGACCUACGUUGCGAGCUACUAUCACACUUUCGCUCGGAUGAAGAACGAACAGAAGGGAGGCAAACGGAUUGCGAACAUUGUAAACAAACUGAUGGAUGCCGACAAGAAAAAGGUACAAUUUGAAAACUUGAUCACCGAUCUGCUCAGCUGGAUCCGGACCAAGACGGUUGAGUUGGAGAAGCGAAACUUUCCCAACUCCGUCGAAGGCAUACAGCGUGAGCUGUUGGCCUUCAAGGAGUACCGUACCGUUGAGAAACCGCCCAAGUACAAGGAACGGUCCGAGAUCGAGGCACUGUACUUCCACGUCAAUACACUGCUGAAAUCGUUGAACCAGCCUCACUACACACCCCAGGAAGGUAAGAUGAUCAACGACAUCGAGAAGGCGUGGCGUGCGCUGGAGAAUGCCGAACACAACCGGGAAGUGGCACUGCGAGAGGAACUGCUGCGCCAGGAGAAGCUGGAACAAUUGAACUACAAAUUUGAAAAGAAGUCAGUAUUACGCGAGGGCUACCUGAACGAGAUGAUUCAGGUGCUGUCGGAUCCGAGAUACGGAGCCAAUUUGCGGCAGGUGGACGCAACGGUGAAAAAGCACGAAGCCAUUUCAGCGGACAUUUUGGCGCGAUCGGAUCGAUUCAAUGACCUCACGGACAUGUGCAAUGAACUACACAACGAAAACUAUCAUGGCAAAGAGCGGGUUAAGAAUCGCGAAGCGGAAGUUGUUAACAAAUGGAAAGAGCUGUUGGAACUACUGGAAAAUCACAAGAGCAAGCUGUCACAGUUGAGUGGUCUGUUGAAUUUACUACGGGAGAUUGACGCAACGAUGGGUACGAUUAAAGCAUUGAAGGUUCAAUUCGCUUCCGAGGAUGUGGGACCGCAUUUGUUGGGAGUGGAGGAACUGCUACAGGCACACUCACUGCUGGAACUACAAGUCACCACAUUGGGUGAAACCCAGAGAAGAUAUAUUCGACAGGGUGAGGCAUUCAAGAAAACAGGAUCAAAAGAUACCAGCCAGGUCGAUCAGAAACUGGCGGAACUAGCUCAGUCUUACCAGGAGCUGCAGGGUUGCAGCGCAGAACGAAGGGCCCGCUUGGACGAGGCACGUGACUUUUAUCAAUUCGUAGAAGACCACGAAAACGAAGAAGGAUGGUUGGUGGAUAAACAACGCAUCUGUAAGGCCGCAAUCACGGCCAAGGACUUACGGGCUGUCGUGUCGCUGCAGCAGAAACACAAAGCCCUAGAAGACGAAAUGAAGGUUCGCAAACCAAAAACGAUACAAAUCAAAGAAGCAGGUCGGAAACUGAUUGCCGACAAACACCCGAGACGAAGCGAUGUGCAAGCCAAAAUUGACUCACUUCGAGAGCACUGGAAAGCGCUGGAGGAUCUGGUUGAUGUACGGAAGAGGCAACUGGAUGAUGCAGCGGAAGCAUAUCAAUUCUAUGCCGACGCCAACGAAGCCGACUCGUGGCUGAACGAAAAGAUGGCACUGGUCGCCUCGGACGAUUAUGGUGUGGACGAACCGUCCGCUCAAGCUCUUCUUCAGCGUCAUCGUGAUCUACAGGGCGAAUUGAACGCCUACUCCGGAGAUAUACUGAACCUUAACCAGCAAGCAGAUAAGCUGAUCAAAGCAGGUAUCUGCACGCUGGACCUAUCGGCGGAACCGGAACCUGCUCAAGAAGUAGAGCAGGAAGAAUGGGUGAAUGAAACACGUCUAGUUCCGAAGGAAGUUUGGGAGGAAGAACCAGUGGAACGUCUGGAACAUAAAACUGUCACCGAGAAUAAGCUACUGCCGCAUGUUCGCGCCCUCUAUCCGUUCGACGGACAAGGAAUGAAGAUGGCCAAAGGCGAGAUUAUGAUUUUACAAAACAAAACCAAUCCCGACUGGUGGAAUGUACGGAAACUGGACGGAGCCGAAGGAUUCGUACCUGCCAAUUACGUCAAAGAAAUCGAAGCACGUCCGGUGCCCUGUCUGAUCCGGAAAGCCGAAAAAGUAAAAGUAAUGCAAAAAGUGAAGAAAACUAUUCUGGUUAAGCAGGUUGUUCCGGUGAAACGAGUUCGACCGGCCAAGAUUAGUCAGGUGAAACCAUUGGUGAAACGGCGAACGGACGGCGACGAUACGAUCGACAGCAACGAUAGUGUUGACAAACGUCAGAAGCACAUCAACAGCACGUACGAUCAGCUUCAGGAGCUGGCCGAACGAAGACGUGCGUUGUUGGAGGAUUCCAUUUGUCUGUUCCGCUUCUACCGAGAAUGUGACGAUUUCGAAAAGUGGAUCAAAGACAAGGAGAAAAUGCUUCGCACGGAUGAUCCGAAAGACAAUGUCGAAUCCGCUAAGAGGAAGUUCGAAACCUUCCUCACAGAUUUGUCUGCUUCUUCGAAACGUGUCGAAGCCAUCGAUUCCGAUGUGGAGGACUUUGUUCGUCAGGGACACUCGCAGCUGGAUAAGGUGAAGGCACGCCAACGGCAAAUUCAUCAGAUGUGGGAACAUCUGAAUUACUUGAAGGGUCAGAAGGAAAAGAAUUUGGAGGGAGCCUCCAGCGUAGAGCUGUUCAAUCGCACUUGUGAAGAAGCUAUCGAUUGGAUGAACGAGAAAAUGACACAAUUGGAUACGGCCGAACUGGGACCCGAUCUUAAAACUGUUCAGGCCCUACAAAGACGUCACGAAAAUUUGGAAAGAGAACUGGCCCCGGUUCAGGAGAAGGUCAGCAGAGUUAAUCUACUCGGAAACACGGUUAAAAACUCCUACCCAUCGGAACGAGAUAACGUCACCGAAAAGCAAAAAGAUAUACAAGGACUCUGGCAUAAGGUCCAAGAGAAGGCGAAGGAGCGUCGUUCUCGGCUGGAGAACGCCGUUGGUCAACAGAUAUUCACGAACAGUACAAAGGCACUGCUAGCGUGGAUCGAAAGUGUUCACAACCAACUUAAUGCGGAGGAAACUGCCCGGGAUGUUGAGACAGCGGAAAACCUAUUGAAGAAACACAACGAUCUCGCCGAGGAGAUCAAAGCACACGACGACGAGUUCCAACAACUUGCCAAGUUGGGCAAUCAGCUCCAACAGCGCAAUCCAAGUCUUGUUGAUGUUCCGGAAUUGAUCAAGAAGCUGGCGACCGAACAGCAAGCCGUUCACGUGGGAUGGCAAGCCAAGGAAAAGAAACUGCAGCAGUGUAUCGAACUGCAGAUCUUCAAUCGGGAAGCUGAUAAAAUUGAUGCCACAACUAAAAGCCACGAAGCGUACCUGGAGUAUGGUGACCUCGGCGAUUCGUUGGACGACGUCGAAGCUAUUCUGAAGCGACAUACCGAUUUUGAAAAUUCCCUCGGAGCUCAGGACAAGAUUCUGAAAAAUUUCUCCGAUAGUGCCGACAAACUGAUACGGAACAAUCACUACGAUUCCAGCUACAUAGCUGAUCGGCGUGAUCAAGUUCUGGCCCGCCGCGAAAAGGUCAAGAACCUCGCCCAGAAGCGUCGCAAUGCCCUACAGGCAUCCAAAGACUUCCAAAAGUUCUGUGCCGACGUAGACGAUUUGAAUGGUUGGCUAACGGAUAAAGCUAGGAUCGCGGGUGAUGAAAGCUACAAGGAUCUGACUAAUCUACCGAGAAAGCUGCAAAAGCACAGGGCGUUCGAGCGGGAACUGCGUGCCAACGAAGGACAGCUUCGGACGGUGAACAAGGAAGGCGAAGCAUUGAUCAAGACAAACAACCGAGCCGAUGAGGUAUCGCAAAUGCUGGCGGCCGUGAAUCAAAAAUGGAAGGAAUUGAAUUCGUCGUCCCUGGAGAAGGGACGACGAUUGGAGCAGGCUUCGUUGCAGCGGGAACACAACCGCAACAUCGAGGAUGCUAAGAGUAAACUCGAAGAGUUGGAUUCGAUCCUACAGAGCAAACAAGUCGGCAACGAUUUGCGCAGCUGUAAGGAUUUGAUGAACAAACAUCAAAUUCUGGAGGACGACAUCAGCAUGUGGGAGCAGAAGAUUGCCGAAUUGGUAACCUCGGGCGAGGAAAUGGCUCAUGAGGGUCACUUCGAUGCCAAUAAUAUCAAGAACGAGACGAAAAAACUUCAGAAUCAGUUUGCUAACUUGAAAGGACCGGCAGCUAAGCGACGCGAUGCACUGGAGGAAAGUCUUCGCUUUCAUAAGUUCGUAUUUGAGCUGGAUGCCGAAUUGCAGUGGAUCAACGAACAUCUGCCGGCUGCCAGUUCGGAAGCCAUUGGACAGAAUCUGCAUCAGGCUCAAAGUUUGUAUAAGAAGCACAAGAAGCUGGAGGCAGAAAUUGAAGGACAUCAACCGAUGAUCAAUAAAACACUCAACUCAGCGGAGAGUUUGAUCAGUCAGAAGCAUCCGGAAACGGCAAAAGUCAAGGAACUUUGCAACACCCUGGACCAUGCCUGGACUGAUCUUCAGGGUAAGGCUACGGAGCGCUCGAAGAAGUUGGAGCUGUCGCUCAAAGCUCAGCAGUAUCUUUCGGAAGCCGGUGAAAUCGAAACGUGGCUCGGAGAACGAAACAACGUUCUGCGUUCCACGGACUACGGACGGGAUCGCGAUUCCGCAACCAAACUGCUAACCAAGCACAAGACAAUCGAACUGGAACUGGACACCUACUCCGGUAUUGUGUCGGAAAUGGGCCACGCUGCCUCGGCGAUGGUGACCUCAAAGCACCCGGACAGCAAAACGAUUGCCUCCAAACAGCAGCUGAUCGAGAAAAUGCUGAAGUCCCUUCAGAAAUUGGCCGCCCAGCGGCAACUUCGUCUGAUGGAAAGCCUGUACCGUCAUGAAUACUUUAUGGAAUCGGCCGAUCUGGAACAGUGGAUCAAGGAACAGGAACAGGCCGUCAACUCGGAGGACUACGGUCACGAUUAUGAACAUUUGUUGAUUUUGAAGAAUAAAUUUGACGAUUUAAAACAUCGCAUAGAGGUCGGUGCGGAGCGUUUCAACCAGUGCGAGGAGUUCGCCAAGAAACUUAUCGUCAGUGACAGCCCUUACGUGGCCGACAUCGAGAAGCGCCAAGAACAAUUGAGAGGAAAGAAGCCAGCCUACACCGAGGCUCAGUUGGCUGUCAUUGAACGUCACGAUCAAAUUCGCAAUAGCUGGCAAAAUCUGCUAAAACAGCUGGCAGCCCGUGAGAAAAAACUGCACGCAGCCGGUGAAAUUCAUCGCUUCCAUCGGGAUGCCGCGGAAGCGCUGUUCCGCAUACAGGACAAAAACGCUGUCCUAUCCACCGAGCUGGGCAAGGAUCUCAAUUCGGCACUGGCACUGGCCCGGAAGCACGAGGCCUUCGAGAACGAACUGGUCGCUCUGGAGGCCCAAUUGCAGUUCCUGGUGGAUGAUUCACUGCGUCUGCAGGCCAAAUAUCCCGGGGACAACGCCAAGGCUAUUGCCGUCGAGCAGGAAAACGUCAUUCAAGCGUGGAAUGUGCUGAAAGAGAAGUCCGCACUGCGGAACGAUCAGCUGCAGGCAAGUUGCGAUCUGCAACAUUUCCUCACGCAGGUACGUGAUCUGAUGUCCUGGGCGACGAAUUUACGAGCUACGUUACAAGCGGAGGAACACGUCAGUGAUGCUACCGGUGCAACGGCACUGAAGAUUCAGCACGACGCUAUUUACGGAGAGAUCGAGGCAAGAGAGGAAACGUUCCGCUAUCUGAACGAGCUGAGCGAUUCGAUGGUGCAGACGGGGCACUACGCGGCCACGGAAGUCGAAGAAAAGUGCUCGGCCUUGCUGGAUGAAAGAGCCAAACUGCAUUCGGCCUAUAACAAGAAAAAGAUUCUUCUGGAGCAGAAAAUUGAUUUGUUCUGUUUCAUGCGUGAUGCCAAGGUGAUUGACAAUCUGAGCAGCGGUCAGGAAGCGGCACUGUCAAGUUCAGACUUUGGUCAAUCGGUUGAGGUGGUACAGGAUCAGGUCAAGAAGCACGAUGCAUUUGAGAAGUUGAUUCAAACGCAAGACGAGAAGGUGGCAAUUUUGCAGGAUCAUGGUCGAAAGCUGGUCGAGCAGAACCACUAUGACAGUGAAAACAUUAGAAGACGCUUGAGAGAAAUUAUCGAUCGAAGACAGAAGAUCAAGGAGCUGUGUGCGCUCCGACGGCAAAAGCUGCAAAACGCCCUGCUGUACGCUCAGUUCAUACGAGACUGUGCUGAGGCCGGAGCGUGGAUCAACGAGAAACAGAAGAAGCUGGAAGCGGAUGCAACCAGCUUCGCGGACGUGACAAACAUGGAAGAUAAAAUCAAGAAGUUGCAGAAACAUCAAGCGUUCCAAGCGGAGGUGGCUGCAAACGAAGGUCGCAUCAGAGAGGUCAAACAGAAGGGGGAGACGUUGAUUGCCAAACGGCAUCAAUGUGCACCGGAGAUUGAGGAAGAGGUUCGCAAGUUGACGGAUUCGUGGAAGGUUCUGUUGAAGGAAGUCAUAUCACGCGGUAGAGGCCUCGAAGAAGCUCAAGAUAUUCUGGAAUUCAACAGUCAACUGGACAAACUGGAGGCUUGGAUUCGUGACAAGGAGAUGAUGGUGAAUGCCAGUGACACCGGACGGGAUUUGGAGCAUUGCAAUGCUCUCAAGAGGAAGCUCGACGAUGUUGAUUCCGACAUGCGGGUAGAUGACCAACGAAUCAAGACCAUCAACGUGCUGGCGGAUAAGCUGCUGACACAGGAUAAAGCACCGAGCGAGUCUAAAAACGUUCAACAGAGACGAAACAAUUUCAACAACAAGUGGAAAUCAUUGCAGGGAGCAUUGAACAAGUAUCGGGAACUGCUCGACGGUGCCUACGAAAUCCACGUGUUCAAUCGUGACAUCGAUGAUACGGCAGAAAGAAUCGCCGAGAAGCAAUUGGCAAUGAGUGUGGAUGAUACUGGUCGUGAUUUGAAUGCCGUUGAAUCGCUGAAGCGCAAACAGGAUGCUAUGCAGCGUGAUAUGACGGCAGUUCAGCAGAAGAUUGCAGAACACGAGCGAAGAGCCGCAACUCUAGCUCAGAAAUAUCCCGACAAUGCAGUGAAUAUCGAGGAGAAAUUGGAGGAUUUAAAACGUCAGUGGAAUAACCUGCAGGAAGCUAGCGUGAAACGAGCGAAUGCGUUGGAAAACGGUUACACCGCACACAAAUUUACGGCAAACGUAAAGGAGCUCGAACUUUGGACCAAUGAUAUGAUAAAGAAGAUGGUUUCGGUUUCGAAUCCUUCAACGAUCAGCGAAUGUCAGGCUCAGAUACAACUACAUCAGGAGCGUAAGGCCGAAAUCGACGGACGAGACAAAGUAUUUAAGGCAUUGCAGGAACAUGGAGAUCGGCUGGUAACGGAAAAUAAGGCAAAGGGAAUCAAGAACGAUUACGUCGAGAAGGCUCUGAAGCAGUUGGAAGACUUGAACAAACACCUCCAUGAUUCCUGGAAGGGUAAGGAUCGUGGACUGAAGGAGGCCCAUCAGUUGCAACAGUUCAAGGAACAGGCAGAUCAGAUUGAAGCUUGGUUAGCCAAUAAGGAAGCCUUCCUGAACAAUGACGAUCUCGGCGAGUCUUUCACGGCUGUCGAAGCACUGAUCAAAAAACACGAAGCAUUCGAAAAGUUACUGGCAGCUAGCAGAACUGAUGAGUUGGAAAAGUUCUCGGAAGAAAUACUGGCUGAAAGUCCAUUUGAAGCCGAUGUCAUCAAGCAGAGACUGUGUUCGGUUAUGGCCCGGAAGAAGAAACUUUUGGCCUCCGCAGCAGCUCGAAAACAGAAACUCCAAGAAUCCUGGCAACUGCAGCAAUUCCUCCGUGGAUUGUAUGAAGUCGCAAAGUGGAUAUCGCAAAAGAUGCAGGUUGCCCUGGAUGAAAAUUAUCGUGAACCCAGUAAUCUACAGAGUAAAAUCCAAAAGCAUACAGCCUUCGACGCCGAACUAGGAGCAAACUCUAGCCGUGUUUCGGCUAUUAUUGAAGAAGGUGAAUCCCUCAUCAAUGCCGAUCACUAUGCUAAGGCCCUAGUCCAAGAACAGCUGGACGUUUUGGAAGCAGACUGGCAGAAACUUCGGGAAGCAUCUGGCGACAAAAAAGAUCGCUUGGCGGAGGCCUACGAGGCGAGACUCUUCGAGCGUAGUUUGGAGGACUUCAACAACUGGAUGGAUGAAGUUGAACUACAGUUGUCUUCGGAAGACUACGGCAGAGAUCUGGCAUCGGUUAACAAUCUGCUGAAAAAACAUGAAAUGUUAGAAGCGGAUGUGGCACAUCACCUGGAAACCUGUGAUCAAAUCAAAGCCACUGACGACAAAUUCCUCGCUUCCGAUCACUUCCUGAAGGACGAACUUCACGAAGUAACAAUGUUGACCAUCAAACGGUACCAUUCAUUGCACGAACCGACAACCAUCCGGCGGGACAAUCUGGAAGAUUCGCUUCAGCUUCAUCAAUUCCUGCGGGAUGCCGAAGACGAACUAUCGUGGCUGAACGAAAAGGAACCUUUGGCUGCAUCGAAAGACCUCGGCAAUAGCCUGACAGCCGUGCAGACCUUACAGAAGAAACAUCAAGCCUUGGAAGCGGAAAUUCUUUCACAAGAACCCACAAUUUCCGCACUUAUCCAACGCGGAAAGCAAAUGAUUCGGGAAAAUCACUACGCAGUGGAACAAAUCGAGCGACAGUCCAAUCAACUGCAGCAGAAGUUGAUCAAUCUAAGAAAUUUGACCAAUGUCCGGAGACUGCGUCUAUUGGAUGCAGUGGAAAGCCAGCAGUUCUACGCCGAAGCGAACGAAGCAGAGUCGUGGUUAAGGGAGAAAAAACCGAUCAUUUCUUCGCAUGACUACGGCAAAGAUGAGGACUCGGCCAGUUCACUGCAGAAGAAGUUGGACGCACUGCAGCGGGAGUUGGUAGCUUUCCGGCCGACUGUCGAGAAGAUCGAUAAACUGGCAUCGGGAUUGCAGGAACGUGGACACUUCGACAGCGAUAAGAUCAAAACCAAGAACGAUAAGAUACAGUAUCAAUUCCAGGAGUUGACCCGACUGGCUACGGAACGUGAGAAGAAACUGGCCGAGACGAAGAAGUUGUACGAGUUCAUCCGAGAGAUCGAUGAUCUGCAGGAGUGGAUCGAAAUGCAAAUGACAACGGCAGGGUCGGAAGAGUACGGAACGGACGUUGAACAUGUAGAGCAGCUGACGGCCCAAUUCGAGUCGUUCGUGUCGAAUCUGAACUCGAACGAAGGACGCGUCGGUGCCUGUGUGGCCAAAGGAAAGUCACUCUUGAACGAGGGUAACCCGAACAAAGACAUUAUUAAAGGAAAACGGGACGAGACAAAACAGCUGUGGGAGGAAUUGAAAGACUUGGUCAUCGCUAGACAGGAAGCUUUGGCGGGUGCGAAACAGGUUCACCUCUUCGAUCGCACAGCCGAUGAAACGAUCAGCUGGAUUAAUGAGAAAAUUUCUGCUGUUCUAUCGGAAGACUAUGGACACGAUCUGGAAACUAUACAGGCCUUGGUUCGGACGCACGAAAGCUUUGAAGCGGAGCUUGGGGCUAUCAAAGAACAACUGGAAUCCGUGGUAACCGAAGCCCAAAAGUUGGGUGACACCUUCCCCGAUGCCAAAGAACACAUCGAAGUGAAGCGAGACGAAACGAUCGAGGCAUGGUCCGAGUUGAAGGAAAAGACCUACCAGCGAAAGGAAAAACUCAUGCAAGCCGAACAACUGCAAGCCUACUUCGAUGAGUAUCGAGAUUUGAUGGCUUGGAUCAAUGAAAUGUUAGCUCAAAUCACGGCACCUGAACUGGCCAAGGAUGUUGCCGGUGCUGAGGCGCUUAUCGGCAAGAUCAAGGAACAUCGAACGGAAGUUGACUCACGAAAUGAAGCAUUCGAUACAUUUUACGUAACCGGAACCAAACUGAUCAAGGAUGGACACUUCCUUGCUAACGAGAUUCAGGAAAAGAUUGCAAUCCUGGGACAGAGGAAACGCCUACUGGACAACACCAUUGUUCAGCGUGCAGAGAUCUACGAACUAAAUCUGGACACUCAGCUGUUCCUCAAGGAUGCCGAAGUUAUCGAAAACUGGAUCAUUUCCCGACAGGUGCAGCUGAAGGAAACUAAACUUGGAGAAUCCAUUGCCCAGGUGGAAGAUCUAAUCCGGAAGCACGAAGAUUUCGAGAAAACCGUAGCCGCUCAGGAAGAGAAGGUACUGGCGCUCAAACGAAUCACAUUGCUGGAGAAGAAAUUCAAGAAGCAACUGGAAGCAGAACGGGCUGCCCGAAUCGCAGAGAAGGAACGAGUAGAACGGGAACGUCACGAAGCGCUGAAGCAAAAAGAAGUACAGCGGAUUACCGAGGAACGUCGCCGUCACGACGUCGGCACAUCCGUUGUCAAUGGAUAUUCCGAUACUACCCCUAACAAGUCAACUACUCCUAGUCACCUUACACCUGAAAUUCACGUCUCGAGAGAAACUGCGGAAAUAUCUCCGGUCGUUCAGAAGUCUAAUUCGUUCGCCACGAUGCUACAGGAAAGAUUACGACGUGGUUCGGAGGGCAACAUCAAACGAGCCGAAAGUAUGAAGAUUGGUCCAAAACCGGCCAAACGUACACCAUCCUUUACGACCCGGCGAAGAGCUCAAAGUUUCCGAAAAAAUCAACGUGGAAAUGAACCCGCCGAAUUUGAUCUGCCUCCAGUGGAAAUUCAGGGAAUGCUGGAACGGAAACAUGAACUGCAAUCCGGUGGAAAGAAGGCUCCGGUGCGUUCAUGGAAACCAUUCUAUACCGUUCUGUGCGGUCAGCUGCUGUGCUUCUUCAAGGACGUGGAAGAUUUUGCCCAGAAAAAGGCUGCGACCGCCCCAGUCAAUAUCCUGAAUGCAAAGUGUGAUCGUGCGGAGGAUUACACGAAGAAAAAGAACGUCUUCCGACUGGUACUUCUGGAUGGAUCGGAAUUCUUGUUCCUAACCGGAUCCAGGGACUCGAUGAACGAGUGGGUUAACAAAAUUGCCUUCCAUGCCGCUUUGCCUCCCAAUCUGCAGCUCAUGAGUUACGAUGAAUCAAUGAAGCAAUCAUCCAGUGGUACCGAAGCAGCCAAAGUCCUUGGGCUGCAACUAAAUCACCAAUCCCCGGUACUAGACCGUAGCGAUGCUAAUUCCUCCAUUAGCUCCCGAACUUCGUCACCGGACUCCCAGCGAAGAGAUUCUCGUGCCUCGCUGAACAGUGCCAAAUCCGGUGGCUCCGGUAGUAACAACAGUAACAGCUUGCAAACCCCCCAAAUCAAUUUCCUACAGAAGCAAAAAGAACUCCGGGAACUUGAGAAUCAGCAGCAUCGGAUUUCCCAACAACAACUACAUCAGCAACAGCAACAUCAGCACAUGGGUACCUUCCAAGCACCUCAGUCUCCUGCAGCGACACAGGAACAUUACGGUUUGGCGGAUAAACCGCCAAUACCACCGAGAGGAGUUCCUCCGCCAGUUCCGCAGCGACAGUCCAGCUCCGAAAAUGUCCUAAACAACAACGGUGGUAGUGCGGGUGCAGUACAAAUUCGCUCCAAGACGGGCAGUGGAAGUAGCGGUAGUUUCAACGGAAAUGACUACGACAACGGGAACUAUUCCAACACCUCGCGACCCUUCUCCUACCAACCGAACUCCAACAACCAACGAAGUUUAUCCCAAAACGGUAACAACAAUACAAACAAUAAUAACAACAACAACGGCAGCGGCGAGGACGUAUGGUUACGUCACAGUGAACUGAGGUCAUCAGAUAUUCCUCCACCACCAUUACCGGUUACAUCGCCGCCGUUUAGUACGUUCUCUCCGCUGAAGCCGCCAUCCGGUUAUCAGCAUCACCAUCACCAUCAACAACAGCAACAACAACAACAUCAGAAACUGCUGCAGGACCAAUUUCUCCGACGGGAACGGGAACAGGCCAACAAUUAUGGGCCCAAUAGCAAUAGCAGCAGUUAUUUGAAGAUGAACAGUUCCGUCAACAACAACAACAAUAAUGUGUCGCGAACCACGUGGCACCAGCAUCUACCGGCUGCCAUGGGUCCCCCGGUGGGAUCGAACGGUGGUUUGGAAUAUCCACAGAUGAACAAUGGAAACAAUACCUUCGGCAACAACAUUAACCUGGACGGAUACACUUCCGGUUGGGGUCAAUCUCGGCACGAUGCAACGCGACCGGCUUCGUUACCGGUCGGCAGCCCGAUCGUCCCACCACCACCACCACCACCGGGAGGCAGCGGAUCAACUGACAUUUCCGGGCUGAUUAUGGGCCGUUCACACACGGGCCAAUCGGCCGAAAGUUCCAGCGAAAGUGAGGCAAGCUUCAUCAAAGGCGGUGGCAGCAAAGAUGGAAACGGUAAGGAUAAGAAGGGCAGCGGCAGCAGCGGAGUGUUCAGAAUUUUCUCCAAGAAAAAGUCCAAGAAUCAGAACUGAGGCAGCUCAUGAGAACCGUAAUUGGUAAUUGAAUACCAAUUCGUUGGUAUUAGUAGAUUUUUACGCCGGAAGUAAUUGUUUGUAAAGUAUUCCUUUAACAUUUUGUAUGAUUUUUACUUAUGAUGAACCGAAGGAACCGAAUCAACUGCAAUUAGUUUAAAGACACUUGUUCUUGAACGCCCCAUUUGUUUGUUUUAUAGUUUAAGCACAGAACGUUAUUUUAUUACACGCAUUAUCAUUAAAUCAACCAUUAGGUACCGCUUAGGGUCAGCAAAACUAAAAUACUUCGGCUUUUACAUACGACGGUUUUCUUUCUAGGAUCAGUUGAUUAAAUGCGAAUAGCUAGGAAUCUUAUUUAUACACGGAAAAGUUCAAUACAGAAUUUUAGCAGUUAUGUAAUAUAUUGAAAAAAAAAACAAUAUCCGGUUCACUAAUGAAGCCAAUCUUUAUACAUCAUCUUGAAACAAGCAAACAAAAAAAAAUGCCUAAUACGUUUUGUCAGGAAGGCAGUGAACCUGCGCUUAGCUUAUACAUAUAUUUACUAUCAUAGUAUCAUAAUUUUUGUUAUCAUAUAAAUAGAUUUUAGUUAUGUAAGUACAGUACAGUUUAAUAAAUAUUGGAAUAUUCUAAA